CAGCAAUGUCGUCCGGUUUUAUCUCGGCUGGCGCCACGGAGUACACUCCGGGCAAUGAUGAGGAGUGGCAGAGAGUCAAGAAAGAGCUCGAGGAGUCCCGGAAGCGCAAAGCAGAACAGGGGACCCAAGAAGGGGGAAAAAGCCUUUACGAAAUUCUCCAGCAGAAUAAAGCGGCAAAGCAAGAAGCAUUCGAAGAAUCAAUCCGGCUGAAGAAUCAAUUUCGAGCUCUCGAUGAAGAUGAGGUUGAAUUCUUGGACUCCUUGCUUGAGUCAACUCGUGCGAAGGAGGCGGCUGUGAAGAGGGAAACCAUGGAACAAUUGGAGAUGUUUCACCGCCAGCGAGAGGAGGCGGAGAAGAACGCCGUUCUGGUAGAAAACAAGCUUGGUGAGCCAGGCGCUGGGUCGCAUGGCGAGGAGGAGAAAUGGGCGAUAUCGGGUAGGAAACGAAGGCGGACCAAGGAUAAUGAUGUCCUUCCAGGGGUAAAGCUCCGAAAGUCGUCGAGCACUAGCGGCCAAAUCCCUCCCUAGGAAAAGCCGAAGGCCGAUAAGCCUGCCACUUUGGAGGCACACAUUCCAUCCAACGCUCAGCAUAAAGUAGCGGACUAUUCAGAGCCUCCUGAACCGAAAUGCGAUGCAUCACCUGCUCAGGGCAGCAGACCUGGGCUGCCAGCGGACCCUGGCACCAAAAUUGCGCCGGCAAUCUCCUCCAACCUUGGGUUAGGAGCAUAUAGCUCCGAUGAUGAUGACGAUGAUGAUUGAUUGAGUACGGAGUAGCUGUCCUUAAUUAUUUUUACGAACGGGGGUGUCAAGGCGGAUCCGGAUGCCGUAUCGAUAGUUCCUUGAGCUUGAAAGCUUCGCAGGAAGCAUGGACGGCUGCGACGGAACAAAGGCUUCUGGGGACUUUUUCUCCCAGUGAACAAAUUUCGAGGAAGGCCAAAGGUAUCAUGCACCGGUCCGGCCCCACUCCAAAUGGGAUUUAUAGGCCAUAUUCCGAGGCAGGCAAUUGUUCCCGUACGGCGGGCAGAUGUUGGGUCAAAUGAAAUGGGGUGUGGCUGUGCGUUUCCCUCCCACUUGGAAUGGUUAUCAUGGAGGCUGAGAAGACAUAUGUAGGCAUGCAAGACAUAACCACAUACAUUAUGAGCAGAGAUCGUGACUGAUGAUCCGAAGCAAUGUAUGAAUAGACAUACAUGCGCCGAAGAUCAGUUUAUGCAAGAUUACUGGGUCUUUUUUAACAUAUAUUAAAUUGUAGUGAA